AUGCGCGAGUCGAACAAUCACUCGCGGUCCGGCCGCGGCGUGUGGACCGCGGUGGCGACCGUCGCGGUCUCGGCGCUGGCGCUGACCGGACGGGCCGCAUCGCGUCGGGCCGCGGGAGUCUCGGACCAAUCGUCGUCGCUCGGCGCCGGGCGCUCGCGUCGGGGUGGUUGGCGCGAACGACGCGACGCGUGGCGCCCGGAGGAGGACCGCCUGGCCGCGGCGAUGCGCGCGGACCCGGUGUACCAUCGGUACCUGCCGACGAUAUACCCCGGCUUCGACGUCAACUCGGACGACUGGUGGCACAAACCGAGGGGAGAGGUGCCCUCGUUGGGCGCGGCUUCCGCGGACGACGAGCGCAGGGACUUCGACCUCCCGGGCCUGCCGCCCCGACGCGCCGGGGUCCCUUCGACGAACGACGACCGACGCCCCGCGCACGGACGCCGCCACGAUAAUACGAACAAGAAUAAGAAGAAGAACCAGUUCAAGGUGUGCCUGGACAACGGCGCCGGGUCCUGGGACGUCGCCUUCGCCAAGGGCAUUGAAAACCUCUUCCACCCCGGCGUCUGCUUCGACACCGUCGAGCAGAACAACUGCCACGCGAACGCCGACGUCGUCAUAUUCAACGAGCACGACUUCAUAUGGGGCGGCGCGCACAGGAACGCGGCGCGGGGCGGACGCAUCGAGCUACCGGAAAAGGCGCACCCCUCGCAGGUGUACUUGUAUUUCGCGCACGAAGCCGCGGGGGGUUUCGGAGCCGAACUGAGGGAUAAAUCGUUCACGUCGCAGUUCGACUACCUGUCCUACGUGGAUAAAAGACGGAGCGCGAUGUGGUGGCCGUUCGGACCGAGCCUCCGGUCGUUGACGGACGAUUUUGAAUGGUUUCGUAAGCGUCGGGAGGCGAGGGUGCCGGCCGUCGCGUGGCUGGCUUCGGACUGCGUGGCCCAACCGCGCGUUAGCAUCCUUCGAUCCAUCGCGGACGCGUUUCCCGUGUUCUCGAUGGGCGAGUGCCUGCGCAACGCGCCGCCGCCCGCGGGGGGUUUGCCGCGACGCGGCGCCGUGGACCCGGCGUCGCACGCGUCCUUCCAGCGCGCCAUGUCGGAUUACAUGUUCUACUACGCCGUGGAAAACGCGGGGGCGUGCGCCGGGUACGCGACGGAGAAAGUUUGGAUGGCGCUGAGCCGGGGAUCCGUUCCGCUGUACUUUGGCACGGACGACGUGUACGAGCUGCUCCCGGACCGCGACGCCAUCGUCGAUUUGAGAGAGUACGACAGCGUCGAGUCUUUGGCGCGAAAGCUCCAUGCGAUAGCGACGGAUGAACGCGAGUGGGCCAAGGCGCACGCGUGGCGGUAUCGUGAUCCGUCGACGUGGCCGCGUGAGUUUCGGACGCUGCUUCGCACGACGUCGACGGACGUCAAGUACGGCGUGUGCGACGUGCUGAUGAAGGGCCCGAGGGGGUACCAUAAGUCGCGGGAGCGGCCGAGGCAGGCUCGAUGCGACGACGGCGUGAAGGUGCUCGGGAGGACGCUCGGAGGGAUCGGGGGAUGGGGCGAAGUAAGGGGCGAGUCGGGCGGGGCGCUCAGGGCGCCGACGGAGCACCUCCAUCGGCGGUGCGGGGCCGCGACGGGGGCGUGCUGGUCGUUGUCGCGUCCCGGGGAGGGCGGGAAGGGCGGGAAGGGUGGACGCGGGUAGAUAGCAGCGGCAUUCGCAACUGAUUACAGACGAAA